AUGAGUUUGGGGUUGUCUAAAAGCCUAGCUGGAUACAAACUAGACUUCAGCUCUGAUGAAAAGGUGGAGACCCUGGUGAUUAAAGCUAUAGGUCAGCUUGAUGAUCUUGAUAAACAGCUUAACAAUUACGCAAGGAGUGUUCGUGAAUGGUACACUUUGCAUUUUCCUGAGCUUGCUAGGAUCGUACAUGACCAAAUCCUAUAUGCCAAAGCUGUGAAACUUAUGGGAGAUCGGACUAAUGCUGCAAAGCUUGACUUCUCUGAGAUAUUGAGUGAUGAAGAUGAAGCAAAACUAAAAGAGGCGGCUGUGACAUCUACUGGAUCAACUGAAGUCAUGAGUGAACUUGAUUUUACGCACAUUGAUGAACUCUGUGACCAUGUUCUGUCUCUUUCUGAGUACAAACUUCAGCUUCAUGACUUCUUGAAGAGUAGAAUGAACACAAUUGCACCAAACCUAACUGCCCUUGUAGGUGAGAUGGUUGGUGCUCGGCUAAUUUCUCGUGGUGGUAGUUUGUUGAAACUCUCAAAGCUACCUGGGAGCAAGAUUCAGAUUCUUGGAGCUGAAAAGGCCCUAAGGAGAGCCUUGAGGACAAAUCACAACACUCCCAAGUAUGGUGUAAUGUACAACGCACCUCUUGUUGCACAAGCUACACCAAAGUGCAAGGCUAAGAUAGCUAGGUCACUAGCUGCAAAAGCUGCUCUUGCUGUCCGUUGUGAUGCUCUUGGUGAUGGCCAAGACAACACUGUGGGAGUGCAAUGCCGCUUAAAGAUGGAAGAACGGUUGAGAGAUCUUGAAGGAAGAGGGUUAGGAGAUAUGUCUGAUGAUGGGGAAGAAACUGAAACUGAGGAGCCUCCGAAGAAGAAGAAGAAGACAGAACCCGAAGAAACGGAACACGAGAAACAGAAGAAAAUUAUAAUCUUGAUUUUCUUGAUUUUUCUGAUCUAUUUGGCUUAUUUAAACUGGCCGUGA